CGCAUUUGUGGUAAAAUGUCAGAUUCUCGUGAAGCCAAUGCUGCUAAGAGGGCUGCAAGGAGGGAGGUCAAAUUGUUCCAAGAUGCAAUACGUGAGAAUGACAUUGAGAAGGUGAAAACACUCAUACAUCCACGAUUAGAUCUGAACUUCAGUUACAAAGGUAUAAGUGCUUUAGAAAUUGCAGUUAAAAAUGCCAAUGAGGAAAUGUGCAAAGUAUUACUAAACAAUGGGGCUGACACUAACAAAGAAGUUGCCUCCCAUAAUUCAUUGCUCAAUUUGGCAUGCUGGGGAGGAUACACCGCUAUUGCCAAACUCUUAAUGGAUAACAAUGCUGACUUAGAUGCUCAAAACGAGAAUGGAUCAACAUGCUUAAAUACUGCAGUAUCUAAAGGCAACAAUGAAAUUGCCAAGAUGUUGAUAGCAGCUGGUGCUGGAGUAGAUAUGGACAACAAUGAUUUCCAGUCUCCACUGUCUUCAUGUGCUAGGCUGAACAAUGCAGAGAUAGCAGCUUGUUUGACUGAUGCUGGGUGUGAAUUGAAUCACACCGAAGCAAACAAAAUGACACCACUUAUUGUUUCAGCCACUAACAACCAUGAAGGUGUUGUUGACAUUCUAAUCAAGGCAGGUUGUGAUUUAGAGCUAAAGGAUCGCCACUUCAGUACUGCCUUAUGGUAUGCUGCAUCUGAAGGUCACAUUGGAAUAGUGAAGACCCUACUCUUGGCUGGUGCAAAUAUUAAUGCUCACAAUGCAAAGAAGGUUACACCCCUUUUAGAGAGUGUGAGAAAACAACAUUUUGACAUCGCCAAACUUCUGGUACAGUCUGGUGCUGACCUUAAUAAACCAGAUUCUCAGAAAUGUACCCCUCUGCAUGAGGUUGUUCGAAUAGCUACUAAAUAUUUUGGAAAGUCUGAGGAGAAUGUGAAGUUGAUGAAACUGUUGAUUGAAUCAGGAUCUGAAGUGAAUCUUGGUGAUCGAGAUGGUGCCACACCUCUCUACCAGACAGCCUCUGCAGGCAAUAAAGACAUGACAGACUACUUACUUAGUAAGGGUGCUCUACCUACUGCUGUGACAAACCUUGGGGAAACCAUGCUGCAUGGAGCUGUCUUAGGUCAUAAGCUUGAUGUUCUUAACACAUUUCUGGACUUAGGUGUGGACGUUAACCAGGUCAACAAGAGAAAUGAACUUCCCAUCUAUACAGCUGUACUGAUGAGGGCGAAGAUAGAUAUGAUUGAAAGGCUGAUAUCUGCAGGGAGUGAACUAGAUUACCAAGACAACCAAUAUGGUCACACACCCCUACAUAUGGCUGUUGAACAUAACCUCCUAGAGGUUGUCAAACUUCUUCUCAAAGCAGGGUGUGACCCUAAUCUCAGCACUCUGGAUGGUAAGACACCUCUGUACAUGGCAUGUGAGAAUGGCAAGUUUGAAGUGAUCCAAGCCCUCACAGAACACCCUGGUAUAGACCUAGAUAGAGGCCUGAAACACGUGCCUCUGCACAAAGCUGUCCUGAAUGAUGAACUCACAGUCGUUGAGGCAUUUCUUGAGGCAGGGUGUGAUAUUGACAAGGCUAACCAUGAAGGCAAAACUGCAUUGUACUUUGCUGCAGAAAGGAAGAAAAUAAGCAUUGUAAAAUUGUUAUUAAAGUGGGGGGCCUGCCCAACAGCUCCACAGGGACCCCCUGGCAUAUUCACGAAAUGUUGUCAGUUAUACACAGAUGCACAUCCACAUUUGGAGCUAGAACCAUUAUUCGCUGCUGUACAACAUGAUGAUGCCAAACUGAUGAAGUAUCUCAUAAUGUCUCAACAUUCUCUUCCAUUCAAAACUCUGCAAACCAUUCAGGAUAUUAUCUUCAGAAUGGGCUAUGCCCGUGAUGCAAAUCUCACCCACAAAGCGACUAUGAUGUUCUCGAUAUUGUUUAAACAAGUGCUGAAUGUAUGGCCAUUGCAUGCAUUAUGUAGGGGGGCUAUCAGGAAGCAGAUAGGUCAAAGGCCACAUGAUAAAGUUGCCAACUUGUCUCUUCCUAGAGAGUUGAAAGAUCUUGUUUUGAUGAAAAGUUUGUUUGAUUAGAUUAAGUGCAAUAGUAGAGAGGGGCUGUCAGAUGCCCCUGAAUUUGUUAAAUUUUUUUACAUUUCAGAGUCUUUUUAUAGAUCUUGGGUAAUUCUUAUCUCUUCAUAUCAUGUCUCUGGGUGGAAUAUUGGAUUGUUUAAAAAAUUUGAAUACAGUGUACUACUUUCUAGUGUAUAACUAAUCUGACUCCUUUUGUGUUCCUUAUUGCUUUUUAGAUAAAUAUUUACACCUUUUUUACAUUUAUUUACGUGCAAGUAAACUACAAAGGUAAUCAGUUCAUUAUAUAAUUAUAUGAUGUUAUAUUUAUUAUGUGUAUCAAACUAUAAACUACUGUUCUGUUUUCUACUUUUUAUACAGACUAUGAAAUAUUAUAUCCAUAGAGCUUUUAAUAUUACUCAUUUUACUCUAUAGCAUUUAACUUAUUAGGUUUGUUAAUUUUUUGUACAAUAAAUAAAAAUUGUUUACAUAAACAUAAAUUAUGAUUAAUCAAUAUUUGUUUUACUUUUGUGUUUGUAUACUUUGACACUAAGAAUCACUGAUCCAUUGAAUGAACUAAAUCAUUGUCAGAAUUGAGUUCCCUAAAUAAAUAGUAUAAUAUUAACAAAACUAAAUUCAAGACCUUAGUUCUAUGCAUGAUAAUCAAAUAUUUGAGCUAUUUACAUCUGCAGUCUGUGUACACCACCGGUAGCUGACACCACCAUAUUAUCAUGCAACUAGUAACCAACUUCCCACUCUCAAAAUACAGCCAUUCUUACAAGCACCAAGUCAUAUAAGGUCAACUCAAGUGGAGUUGUAUCAAGUCCUUUUUGGUCCUCUAUGGGGUUAUUU